AUGGCACCUGCCGCGACCGACUCCCCUCCCCAGGUGGACACGCCAAUGACAGAUGCUAAUGAUGAUGUCGUCCCCUCAAUUCCCGUCGACGCGCCGAGUUACCAAGCGACCCCUGAGUAUACGGACUCGGAAACAAACCCCAACACAACAGCCAGUAGCGUCGCAGGCGAUGCUGUUCUAGCAGAUGGCCGACGACGGAGGUCAGAGGCUACUCAACUGAGAAAGAGUAUUUUGGGCAAGAAACAGAGUCGUCUGGAUGAGACCAAGGAGGAUGACUCCAUUCGCCGAUUCCGAUACUUGCUCGGCCUCACCGAUCUAUUCCGACAUUUCAUCGAGACCAACCCCAAUCCACAGAUCAAGGAAAUUAUGGCUGAAAUCGAUCGCCAGAACGCCGAAUCCGAGAAAGCACGCAAGGCAUCGUCACGCUCUGGCGGUGCAGGUGUAGAUCGGCGUCGCCGAACUGAGCAAGAGGAAGACGCAGAGCUAUUGCAAGAUGAAAAGAGUGGUGGAGAGACUACUACCGUGUUCCGAGAGUCACCUGCUUUCAUUCACGGACAGCUCCGAGAUUACCAGAUUGCUGGUUUGAAUUGGCUGGUUUCUCUCCACGAGAAUGGUAUUUCUGGUAUCCUGGCCGACGAGAUGGGACUGGGAAAGACCUUGCAGACAAUCUCCUUCCUGGGUUAUCUGCGCUAUGUGAAUGAAAUCAGUGGCCCGCAUCUGGUCGUUGUUCCAAAGUCAACCCUCGAUAAUUGGAAGCGAGAGUUUGCCCGGUGGACCCCCGAAAUCGAUGUCCUGGUCCUUCAGGGUGACAAGGAAGAGCGUCAACGCCUCAUCAACGAGCGUUUAGUUAAUGAGAACUUUGACGUGUGUAUCACCAGCUACGAGAUGAUUCUCCGUGAGAAAUCACACCUGAAGAAGUUUGCUUGGGAGUACAUUAUUAUCGACGAGGCCCACCGCAUUAAGAACGAAGAGUCCUCCUUGUCGCAAAUCAUUCGUCUAUUCAACUCCCGCAACCGACUGUUGAUCACCGGCACUCCGUUGCAAAACAAUCUUCACGAACUUUGGGCAUUGCUCAACUUCUUGUUGCCAGAUGUUUUUGGUGAUUCAGAGGCUUUCGACCAGUGGUUCUCUAACCAGGAAUCUGACCAGGAUACCGUGAUACAGCAACUCCAUCGUGUCCUACGUCCUUUCUUGCUUCGACGUGUGAAGAGUGAUGUCGAAAAGAGUCUCCUGCCCAAGCAGGAGAUGAAUCUUUACGUCCCAAUGUCCGACAUGCAGGUGAAAUGGUAUCAGAAGAUUUUGGAGAAAGAUAUCGAUGCUGUUAACGGCGCGGCUGGAAAGCGCGAGUCUAAGACUCGUCUCUUGAACAUCGUCAUGCAACUGCGGAAGUGCUGCAACCACCCGUAUCUCUUUGAAGGCGCAGAGCCUGGUCCUCCCUACACCACGGAUGAGCACCUUGUGUUCAAUUCGGGCAAAAUGGCUAUUUUGGAUAAGCUCUUGAAGCGCAUGCAAGUUGAUGGUAGCCGUGUGCUUAUCUUCUCCCAGAUGAGCCGUGUUUUGGACAUUUUGGAGGAUUACUGCGUUUUCCGCGAGUUCAAAUACUGCCGAAUUGACGGCACCACAGCCCAUGAAGAUCGCAUUGCUGCUAUCGAUGACUACAACAAACCAGGGUCGGACAAGUUCAUUUUCUUGUUGACUACGCGUGCCGGUGGUCUCGGCAUUAAUCUAACGACUGCCGAUAUUGUGGUGCUCUUUGACAGUGAUUGGAACCCCCAGGCCGAUCUGCAGGCCAUGGACCGUGCGCAUCGUAUUGGUCAGACUAAGCAGGUCAAGGUCUUCAGAUUUGUUACAGAGAAUGCGAUCGAAGAAAAGGUUCUUGAACGUGCAGCCCAGAAGCUGCGUUUGGAUCAACUGGUUAUUCAACAAGGGCGUGCUCAACAAUCCAAAAACGCCGCUUCCAAGGACGACCUGCUCGGUAUGAUUCAGCAUGGUGCCGCCAAUGUGUUUGGUCCAAGAAGCGGCGAUGGCAGCUCCAAUGACCUCACCCAGGAUGACUUUGAAUCUAUUCUUAGGAAGGGCGAGGAGCGAACAGCGCUGUUGAACAAGAAGUACGAAAAACUCGGUAUCGAUGACCUGCAAAAGUUUAGUUCUGAAAGCGCAUAUGAAUGGAAUGGCCAAGAUUUCACAGAGCGCAAGAAGGAUAUCGGCAUGACUUGGAUUAAUCCAGCCAAGCGUGAACGAAAGGAGCAGUUCUACUCGAUCGACAAAUAUUACCGUCAAGCUCUGGCCACUGGUGGGCGGACUGCCGACACUAAGCCUAAGGUUCCCCGGGCUCCAAAGCAGACCACUGUUCACGACUGGCAGUUCUUCCCUCCUGGAUUGCAGGAGUUGCAGGAGAAGGAAACCGCCUAUUUCCACAAAGAGAUCGGUUACAAGGCCGUCUUGCCCGAAGGGCCAGACGAAGAGCUCAGCGAGCGAGAAGCAGAGCGAGAUCUUGAGCAACAGGAGAUCGAUAAUUCCCAGCCGCUCACCGAGGAUGAACGGUCCGAGAAAGAUCGUAUGUCGGAAGAAGGCUUUUCUACCUGGAACCGCCGUGAUUUCCAGCAAUUUGUCAACGGUUCGGCCAAAUUUGGCCGCACCGACUACAGUGGUAUCGCUACGGAAGUUGACAGCAAGGAACCUGAUGAGGUUGAGGAAUAUGCAGAGGUCUUCUGGCGCCGGUACACCGAGAUUCAAGAUUACCCCAAGUACCUGAAGGUAAUUGAGCAGGGCGAGGAGAAGCUCCGGAAGAUGAACCACCAACGCAAGAUGCUGCGCAAAAAGAUGGAAAUGUACCGGGUGCCCCUGCAGCAGCUGAAGAUUAACUACACGGUAUCUACAACCAACAAGAAAGUGUAUACCGAAGACGAGGAUCGCUUCUUGUUGGUGAUGCUGGACAAGUAUGGCGUUGAAGGUGACAGCCUGUACGAUAAGAUCCGCGACGAAGUUCGGGAUUCGCCUCUUUUCCGCUUUGAUUGGUUCUUCCUCAGUCGUACACCAGUGGAGAUCGGUCGGCGCUGCACUACGCUGCUGAACACAAUUGCCAAGGAGUUUGAACCCGAGAGCAAGGCCAAUGGGGAGGGCAAAGGAGAAGGGAAAGGCCGUGGGCGAGACCGCGACGAGGAUGAAGAGAACGAUGACGCGGCAGCUCCUGCAAAGAAGAAGGCUAAGAAUGGCGCCACAACCAAGGCUAAACCUGCUGCUAAGGUCGCUAGUAAGGGUGCCUCCGCCUCCACCUCCCGGGCGGCAAGUGUUUCGACUGCACCCAAGUCGAAGACCCGGAAGAGAUAA